AUGUUUAACCAAAGACUGAUGUUCCUUCUUUCCUUUGCCCCUCAAACCACAAACCUUGCAUGGUUCACCAAAUUAUCUUACAUCCGAAAUCAUACUUCAAUUUACUCGUCUUAUCCACCUCACUCGUUCCUUGAUCCUAUUCUUUGUUGUUCUUCAUUAUUUUUUCGCUCUCGUCAACAAAUCAUCAUGGAUUCUGCAAUGGACAACGCCAACUCUGCCGCCCCGGCCAGUAGAGACAUCUCUGAUAUCAUCGCUGACGCCUUGAAGCAACAAGCCUCUCAGUUCAAGACUAUCGUUGGAAAUCUUCAAACCCAGAUCUUGACUUUGAAUGUGAAGAAGCCUUCUACCCCCAAAGAGAAGCAAAAGGCGUCAUCCUCCGCUCCUUUGACUCCUUUGCCAGCUCGUAAAAGUCCCGGCAGCUCCGCUAGGAAGACUUCAGCUUCGAAGCCUCCCAAAAAACCAUCCACCCCGAUUCGUAAGAAGCAUCCCCUCCAAAUAACUCUUGACGACACACCCACCGAUUUCAAGUCUUGCAAGGAAGCGCUCUAUGUCCACAUCAAGAUGAUGUGGGGACUUUACAAGCAGAGUGAUGUUCCACCAACCCCCAACACGGUCAUGUUGAGAGAAUUUUAUGAUAAGUUCAACAGCUCCGAUGAAAUCGAAGCCGUUGUCAAUAAUCCACGCAGCACCGACCUCAUUGCUCGCGAGUCCAUCAGCUCUUUGAAAGAAUUCCGAGCAGGUGGCGGUAAGAUGUCACGUGGCCUCGGACACAUUGAUGAGAUGUCUAUACUUUACAUCAGCGGCCUCCUCGCAAAGGUCGGCAUCCGAGCCUGGGCUCCCAACCUUGAUGAUGCUCCCGACUCCCUCUACAACUCGGCCUGUCGAAUUACCUGUCUUAACGCCUUCCGUCAACUCCUAGCCUCCGGUACCUACAACUACAUGGACGUUAAUCUUAGACACGUUGAUUCUGCCUCUCAUAUGUUUUCUGCAUACAAUCAUUAUGUUCAUUUUGUGAUGGCAGCAAGGUACAAGACUGAGAAAAAUAACGUGGGUGCUAUGGCUAAGGAAAGUGCUAGCAAGAACAUUCAAAAAUACAGAGAAAGACUCCGUGAUCAAAGGGUCGAGUUCUUCAAACAACACAAAGCGAAAUUCCCCCCUCGCUACAGAGCCCUCUGCGAAGACACCCUGGCUCACAGCGAUGACGAAUAUGACCCCAUCAAGAAAGUUCGAGUCAUCAAAACCCUUGGUUAUCGCUCUAAGAACGCUUCGAAGUUUUUCCAAAGACUUGAUGUCGAAAUGGCCAAGCAGGCUCAGGUCACCAAGAAUGCAGUUAAGAAGACCCGCCGGGUAUUGCCAAUGGUACCAGUCCCUUCCACAUUCACUCGAGCUCCUACCAACCUUCCAAUCGACUUUUACGACCCCAAAUGGUUCAGAGCCCUGGGUCCUGGUCAAAGACGUCUCAUGGCCAAUGCUGAGGCAGUUUGUUUCCUCCCAAAUGCUGCCGACUCGCUCCUUCCUCAUUGCCACCCCGAUGAAAUCCUUGGUGAUGCAAGGUUUUCUGCUAAGUAUCUCGAUGCCCUUUUGGAAGCUUACAACUUAUCUGAUGACGAGGAGGACAACGUUGAAGAUGAAGAGGAGGAAAUUGACUAUGGUGAUGAAGAAAUCGGUAGUGAUGGAGUUGUAGAAGACGAGGAGGAUGAGUUCUAUGCGGAGGGUGACUAUGGUGGCUUGUAUGAUGACGACUCUGAUGAGGAGGACGAGGGGCCUGUUGCAAGCGGGAGCGGUUCUAAUUAG